CCCAGGUUUCGUUAUCCUUCCGACCUCUCUCUCUUUCUCUCCUUCUGCUUGUCUGUGUGCAAACGACAACAGAGGAUCCUGGCGGGAAGUAACCAGAUCCCGAUGCUGAAAUUACCAUUCUACCCUCAUCGCCACCUAGCUCCGCGUCUCAGACGUGCCAACUGACCGCUCCAACUCCGAACUCGAACCUUUUCUCGACACGCCACGACACGCCUUCCAACCCAAGCAACGGAAACCGAAAAACCGACAAACAAACCCAAAACAAAAAAAAAAAAAAUGAAAAUGAAAUUCGAAUGAGAGCGAUUUAAUUAAUUUCCUCUCAAGAAAAUUUACUCCUGCAAUUGAAUUCUUUACCUGUCAGCCGUCCUCAAAUCGUCGCCUUCAGUUUCUCCAGCGUGGACUUUCCUCUCUCUUAUGAAGUUCUUCUUCUUUAGCCUCUGUUCUUCUCCUUGGUUCUCAUGGACUCCAGCAGUGGAUGGUGGUGAAUUGGGCGUAGAGAGCGGUUUUGAUGGGGAAUGGUGAUGAUACAUCGAGCGUUGUCCCUCUAACAAGUUUGCAAAUUGGAGACUUGCAGUCUUAUCUUUCGGAUCUUAGCCUUUUCCUUGCCAAUGAAAGCAAGAAAUUGUUCAUCUUGGUGGACAAUCGACCAUGGUUGAGAGACCUAGGUUCAAAAAGGCGAGCUCAGUUGUGGCAGUUAAUGGUUACGAAGUCGAGAUUAUCUCCAUUUGCAAACACAAAAGCACGGAGGGAGAGAAAGGAAGGAAAGAAGUCUAGUUGCAGAUCCAACAAUAGUAAAUCAGAGAAGCUCAAGAAAUGGUUCUCAUUGAUUGAUGCAGCAACAUUGUCUCGUAAGAGGGUUCCGCUACCUGUAAAAAAGCUUCGCAAUUCUUUGCUUUUUAGCAGUGAGUUGCAUAGGACCUUGUAUGGCUUUAUUGUAUUUGAAGUUUCAUGGAGCAAUGUUCGAGGCAUUAACUACUUGAAUGAGCUUCAGACUGAUACGAGUCUGGCUAUUGAGGCCAAAGUAAUGCAAAGAUGGGAAUUUGAUAGUAUAGCUCAAGCUGCAAGCUCUAUAUCUUCAUGGUUCUUGGGAACACUCUCUGAACAGCUACUCUUGAAAGAGUAUCUGGAUUCUGCCAUAGGAGAAGAAUUCUAUGAUGCUGAAGAAAAUUUCUCAAAAACUAUCCCCAUUGAUGAUGACGAAAAGGUCUUCAAUGAUAAUCUGUCUGUUGAGGAUAAUUUAUUCCACAGCCUUGGUGGCAAUUUUAGUGUAUAUUCUCCUUCAGAUGAAAAUAGAACAAACGUGCUGCACACGCCACCUCCACCCACCGGGCCUUACAAGAGAAGAAAAGUAAUGAAGUCCGUUAGUACAGAAGUUGAAGUUGAUACCUAUCCCGAGGAAAUACAAAAAGAAACUGGUGACUCAUUAGAUAGCUCCGAAACCUGUUCCAGCGAUUAUGAAGAUGCUGUUGAAGCUACUCAGUACAAGGAUGUCUUAAUUUUAUUUAGGUUCAACGACCGUGAUCUUCCUUUUAGACUAAGGCAAAUAAUAAUGUCUGACUUGCGGUUACUUACCUUGUUAGAGGCUGGGCUUCCAUCUUGGGUUAUCUUUCUUCAGUCAUACCCAGGGUUUUGUCAUCUUUAUCGCCCAUGGAUGUGCCCUUUGGCAAGAGCUUUGUAUGUUCUGAUCUCAGUCGUCACUGUUCUCAUUGGAUUUUAUGAUUUAUACAAAAAUGUCCCGGUUCUCAAGGCAACUGCUUCUCGUUUGUGUGGGCCUCUUUUUGAUUGGAUAGAGACUUGGGAAAUGGUAUCAAGGAUCAAAUACUUGGGAACUAUGCUGUUUCUACAUAAUUUUCAGAAGGCUGUUAACUGGUUUCUUACAAUUACACGUGCCUCUCGAUCCUUCCUUUCAGUUUUUACCCAGCCACUGUCACAGCCACUUCAGGACUUUUUUGGGUUUUUCCUUCCAAUCUGGAAUGUGCUUAUUGAAUUAGUUCAGAGCUUCUGUUCAGUCAUUUGGAUUAUGGUUGGGUCUUCUUUUAGUUUAGUGGAGAAUCUAGUAGAGAUCUUACUGUUGCCAAUAUGGUUUGGCCUCUCAGUUAUCCAGAGCAUUGCAACAUCCAUUUUAUAUCCUAUAUUUUGGAUUCUUUGGGAAUUGCUUUAUGUUCCGAUUCGCAUGGUCUUCGCAUUAGCCAGUUUUGUGGCUUUCAUUUGUACCAGCAUACAUGAAAUGCUUGGAGAAAUAUGGCAGUUUGUUAGUAGCAUUUUCCAGUUUGCUUCAGCUUCUGAGGCAGCAGUGAGCACAUAUGAAGUUUCCAUGUGGCGUUCACUUUGGAAUGAUCUCUUUUCCCAGGUCUUCCGUGCUUUAAGGAGUAUAUUGAAUGGUUUUGUUGCCUUCUUUGCAGCCUGCAACAGGCAUCGCCUUAGCAUUUAUAAUCACAUACAGAAGUUUCUCCAAAGAUUAUUUGAUAAAGGGCAGAGAUCACAGCGUGCAGACUCAAGGCGUAGUAGACCAACAUCUGGGACUUGGAAUCCAUUGGAAGAAAGAAGAAAGGUUCACAUUAACUGAAGCUUCUUCAUUUUGUUAAAUUACACAGAAGAGAGGAUACCUCCAUCCAACUGGUGCCUGUCUUCAUAAAACGCCACUGACACGAUACUUGAGUAUAUAUAUCAUUGGAAGAGUUCAUUCUUUCAUUCUUAGCUGUCUUGCUUUAGUCUGUUUCUUUCUUUCUUUUUCAUUUUUUUUUUUAAAUAACUUUUUACAGUGAUAGGCUUUUACCCAUUUGUAUCUGAAUAGUUAAUUUGGAGAAUGUAAAUAGUAUGUGCAGGCGGCCUUUAUAUUUUCA